GAAGACAUGUCAUGAGGGGGUCAUGGUGGCGAGUACGCUGCUCCCGGGGCAGACAGUACACCACACAGGGAGAGACCUCAUUGGAGGAUGGGAAGGACGGCAUGGACGUGGUCUACACCCUGCAGCAGAGGGGAAUCAUCCUCAGUCUCCUCAACACGGCCACAGAGAGUCAGCUGGAGUUACCGCCUCCUCUGCACUCACCAGCGGCAGAGAGCAUUGUAUCCAUUGUGUUUGGAAUGAAGAAACUGGCCUGGGCUCACGUUGACCACACGAGGACAGUUCGAGAUUGGCAGCAGCGGGAAUGCUUCCACUUCGAGAAGGGCAGAUACAUGCCGGAAUUGUAUCUGGAGGCCAUCUCGGAGGUUAUCUCUCAGCUUUCUCAGGCAGAUUUUUACAUCCUGGAGCAGCCGUUGGUCCCCAUGCAGAAAAGUUUGCUGUUUCCUGUGGCGUUACAUUACCGGACGGUGGAGGCCAUGUUGUACAGUCUGUUAAACCCCCAAAUCAUAGCGGAGCGGGAGCACCGGGUGUUCAGCAUGCACAGAUCCACGGUGGGGAAACACUUUGAGCUCAUGUUGGGGCAGGUGAAGACCAGCGGGGUGGACGUUGUACAGAGACUCAUCGAUGAGGCCGCCAUUGUCUCCACCCCCAGAGUCAACUUCCCUUCAGAACUUCUCCAACAGAACCAGCACCAGAGCCGCGGGCAGAACCGCAAGGAAGAGAUGUGUGACGCAUUGCUUCAGGCCAUAACCUUCUAUGAACUGGUUCACUUCUAA